AUCAGACCCUGCUAGAGACUGUGUUGGAAGUGUCGAUUCAUCUGGAGUGCGGUCGAGCAACACAGGCGAUGUACUGUCUCGGAUUCAAAGAUUGGAAGAAGCCGUUUUCCAAGCCUCAAACCAUGAAUCCUCGUCGAUAUUGGGGACGGUCUCGGAAGGAAAUGACAGGCACUCGAAGGCCCAUGUAAGUCUGGCAAGCCCGAGACCUGCCAGCCCUGAACAUGGCUCCACACCGUUCUCGUCUCAUGAUUUGGAUAUGAUGCGAGAAAUGCCUGCAGACACCUCUGAAUUUGUAGCGAACUUACUCAAUAAGCUGCCCCCGUUAGAUGAAGCAAGGCUACUAUUCGAUCAUUUUUCCCUUGCUCUCCACCCUACAUUCGGAGUGCUACACCUUCCGUCGACACGGACCACCAUGGAGGAGACGUUUCACAGAGCCUCCAACGGAGAUACAGAGAUCUGUAUGGCCAACAUCCUAAUGCUCUUUUCCAUAUUCGCGGGGGCGGCACUCUCAUGGACAACCCAGUUCUUAAGCAAGUUGCGGGCUUUACGGAAAGAAGCGAGAGCUGCCUUCAAAAUGUAUGCUCGCCUCGCUAUGUCGAUCUUAGAGCAUUGCCCCGAGAAAUUUCCAACUUCAACUCCUGCUCUAGCUGCCGUCACAACUCUGGCCUUUGUGGUGUCGAACGCUUCCUUCUCGCUGUUCGACGUCAAUAUGCUCAGGUGCCGUUGCAUGUUGAUGGCUAAGGCCAUGCAGAUCGAUAGACUGGACACUUUCAAGAGUCGUGAGGAACGAAGACUCAAAGGCUACAACACGGUUGAGAUCGAAGUUCAGCGAAGAAUUUGGUGGCACAUGGUGUCCUCAGACUGGCUUGGUGCAUUUUCAGGUAGCUCUCAGGAAGGUGCAUACACGUUCCACCCACGACACAUGAACGUCAAAUAUCCGAGUAAUACCGAUGACACACUCAUAACGCCGAACGCACAAGAGGAGGGACUGUCUUGGUCCUUCCCGACGGAGAUGUCUGCCUUUCUUCAACGAAUAAAAUUGGCAAACCUAUGCCGGGAAAUUGUUGAUGCCCUUCCCUCUGCAUUCUCAGAUUCGCAAGAGCCAGAGUACGCCAUCAUUAUGAUGCUGGAUAACAAGCUACAGCAAUAUCUGAAGGAACUCCCUAUCUUCUUUCAGCUCGAUCCUAUGAGUAUCCAGCAAAGCCAGAAAGUGUGUGAAGAACGGCCAUAUAUCGCCUGGCAGCGACUUAGUAUUCAUUUCAGUCUCCAUGCACGCUUAUGUCGACUUCACCGUCCAUAUCAUCUUAUAGGCUCUACACACCCGGACUACGCAUAUUCGCGAACAACCUGUCUUAGCUCGGCUCAUACCAUUCUUGAUCUCAGACGCUCAAUGGACGAUCUUAUCCCACUCGCUGGAAUCCGACCAGCCCGCUUGUGGACAGUCAUGCAACAUGUUUCUAUGGCAGCUCUGACUCUUGCCACCGAUGUGUCGUUCAAUCCAGAUUCAGCAGAUGCGGAAGCACAAAAGGCUAAAGUUAUGGCUGCAUACCAGACACUAGAGAAGUCUCGGGAAGAAUCGAGUGCUCUGAUGCAAGGCAUCCAGAAAAACAUGCAAACGCUUCUAGCAACGCUACAGACACAGCGCACUCAGAGAUUAAUUGGUCCAUUGCAAACUCCGGCCAACGGGGGAGCUGCGACGGGCGGAGAUGUUCGGACUCGAAGGGAUUCCCCAGCUUUGGCGCAAUUCAUCGAGUUUCCUUGGAAUGACAGCCUCACAGGAGACAAAAUCUUGACAUCGAACAAAGUCCAAACCCAGCGGUGUGGCAGAUAUCUGGGUGAGGGCUUACCAGCUGAAGAAGACAUGGACGAACUGUGGUCAGAAUUCCUGGCCGCGGUACCGGACUUGGCCCCAUUUCAAUGGACCUCACUGUUGGACGACAUGGAUUUCAAUUUUGACUCGGCAAUUAUUAUCGGAGGCGGACCAGCCGGUCUUGCAACUGCACUUCUGCUAGAGCAACGGAAUAAAAUCUCACCCAUCGUCUACGAACUUCGGCCGGAGCCCACAACCUUGGGAGGCGCCAUUGGCAUCCCAUCUAAUGGGACGCGCCUUCUACAUCGACUAGGUGUGUACGACGAACUCUUGACCCGGGGCAGUAGCCGCUCGCAUAUGACCAUGCAUUCCGAGCGUGGAACCAUCCUAGGCGAAACAGAUGUCGUUGGCGCGGCGAGGGAAGCAACAGGAUUUGGGUACAUGCGUAUCAAGCGAACCGAUCUACUGGAGGUGUUCCUCAAAGCAGUCGACAAUGCAGGCAUACCUGUGCAUUACAACAAGAGACUGGUAUCUAUCGCUGAUCAAGAUGACGGAGUCAAGGUGACGUUCUCUGACGGGACGGUCGACACAGCUGAUCUCUUGCUUGGUUGUGACGGCAUCCACUCAGCUGUGCGCCGCGUCAGUGUCGACCCAGCAGUGAGCGCGGACUACACCGGGAUGGCCGGCAUAGGAUCAAUCAUCCCAACAUCAGUUCUCGGCGAAGACGCAGCGUCUCUAUUGUCUGGCAUGCAUAUAACCAUGAUGCAGGAAGGUAUGGCGGCUAGCAUGACCUGCACUGCUAAGGACGACGAAGUAUAUUGGGGUUUCCAGCGUGAAGUGUCCUUACCCAAUGGAGAAAAUGACCGCGAUGGAUGGGAGGUUCGUCGAGAACAGGAAGUAGCCGGGUUCAAAGAGCUACUACAUGGAGUACUCAAAGGUGCAGCAGGCCAGUGGGGUGACAUCCUCCGGAGCCUUGUCGACAAGACGUCCGUGGUCAAGUUUUAUCCCAUCUUCAGGCUACCGAGCGGAGGGACGUGGCAUCAAGGGCGCGUGCUCCUGUUGGGUGACGCGGCCCACGCAAUGCCGCCUCAUGCAGGGCAGGGCGUGAGUAUGGCUUUGGAGGAUGCCUUUUGUCUGUCGAGAGUACUUGGUCGAAAGCAGAAUUGGGCCCGCGGAACAGACGACUUGAACGAAGUAUAUGAGACAUAUGACAGGACUAGACGGCCUCGCAUUGACGAGAUCGCGGCGAGAUCGUCAGGGAACGCGACGCUCAGGAAGAGAACUGGACGCUGGGGCAUGAUGUUCAAGGAAUUUGGGCUAUGGAUGUUUUUCCAUGGCUCGUGGGCGCUUGGGAUGGACAAGUGGGGCAGUGAGGUCAAGCAGAUGGUUUACGAUAUUGAGGAGGUUGAGAUUUAG